AUGAAAAAAUUUAUAAUAUCUAAUUUUAAUUUUGAUAAAAAAUUAUUUUUAAUAUCUAGUUUGAUUUUUAAAAACAAAGGAGAUNUUAUUGAAAUUGCUGUCGAAGCCAACUUCGCUGAUUAAGGAGCUCUUAAAGAAGUAAUUAAUAAUAAAAGAUUUUAUUAAAGAUCCUUAUUGCAUUCAACAACUUAAGAGUUUAAUUAGUUGAUUCACUUAACACAAUCACAGCUGAUGAAGCUGAAGCCUAAAAAGAUUUCGAAGCAAGAGUUAUUCAAUUAAACUAAGAACAUGCUGAAUUCUAAAGAGCAGUUGUUGUUAAAACAGCUGAAAUUGAAGCUAAUACUAGUAUAUUAAUUUAAUAAAUAUAGACAAAAUCGAAUAAACUCUUGAUUUGAUUGAUGAAUUACAUGCUGAUUUAGAUACAUUGAAUGGAUAAUUGUAAGCUGAAAAUGAUGAUUAUGCUUUUGCUACCGAUGUUUACAAUGCCACAGUUGCUGAAUACAACAAAGAAUUGAAUGCUGCUCAUCAAGCUUUGGAUUUAUUAAAUUAACCAAGAUUCACCGAUUAUGUUAAAUCAUAACUCAAGGGUGCAUUCUGAC